AUGAUUAGGAACAGAAAUAGUGAUAGUAAUAUAAAGAUGAAGACAUCACAAGGUAAUAUUACUAUACCAGAUACAAAAACAACAACAACUGUCGAUCAUGAAUGUUGUAUGAUUGGAGGAGGAACAAGUAACUAUAGUUCAGAGCCUAUCACAGAUUUACAUAAGGAUGCAAAUUGUAUCGAGGAUUUAGAUAGAUUGCUUCAAUCCAGCGACAAAGUAAUCCUAUUUAUCUCUGCUAAAUGGUGUUCUCCUUGUCGUAUUCUUUCACCAAUCUUUGGUGCACUCUCUGAAGAUACGAGUUAUAAAGAUAUUUUAUUCAUAAAAACCGAUGCAGAUCUCAAUCCUGAUCAUCCAAUCGUUAAAGAAACACCAGGUGUACCUUCAUUCAUAACUUACUACAAACAAGUGGAGUUAGAUAGAUUCAGUGGUAGAGAUCAUCUUGAAUUGAAAAGAGUUUUAGAUAGAUUAUCAACAAAGACACAAUUUAUAUUUUAA